AGUCGUGACUCCGAGGCGAGGAUGAACCUCGAGGAGGCGAGGCUCAGGACGUUCCGCGAGUGGCCGGCGAACGCCACCGUCGAUCCGGCGCGUCUCGCCAAGGCGGGCUUCUACUACACCGGACACGUCCUGGAGGUGCAAUGCUUUCUGUGCGGCACGAGGAUAUCCGACUGGAACUACGGCGACCAAGCUAUGGUACGUCAUCGAAUGAAGUCGCCCCACUGCCCGUUCGUCCUCGCGCCGAGCAACACGUGCAACGUCCCGCUCGUACCAGCGGCGGCUGAAAAUGCCGCCGCGGAAUCGAGAACCACGUACUGGACCUCCCGAUCCUCCUCGGACUCGCAGCAGCCCAGCGGUGUCGACCACCCGAGGAUACUGCAGCGGCCGGCGGAUCCCCUGAAGGAGUACGGUACCUUCGCGCAGAGGAUAUUGUCAUUUAAAGAUUGGCCGAAGAGCAGAUUCGUCCAUCCGGAGCAGCUGGCCUUGGCAGGAUUUUACUAUCUUCAAAGCGAAGACGUGGUGGAAUGCGUGUUCUGCAAUGGUAUCCUAAUGAAUUGGAAACCAGGUGACGAUCCGGAUUGCGCGCACCGAUUGAAUUUUCCAAAUUGUGACUUCUACAUGAGACAGAACACAGGAGAUGACCUAUUAGGAUUAGUCAAGAUGACACCUGAGACUACAAACAUGACAGAAUUGGGAAUACAGAGGCAUAAGGCUCCCCAAAGUCCAGAAUACGCAACGUAUGAAAAAAGAUUGCAGACCUUCAAAGGAUGGCCGAAAAACCUUAAACAAACUCCAGAGAUGUUGGCCGAGGCUGGAUUCUAUUAUGGCGGAUACGAAGAUCAAGUUAGAUGUUUCCAUUGCGACGGAGGAUUAAGAAAUUGGCAACCGACGGACGAUGUAUGGGUUGAACAUGCACGAUGGUUUUCAAAUUGUGGCUUUGUAAAUCUUUUGCGUGGACAUGAAUUUGUGAAAUAUUGCAUUGAUAAUAGAACUCCUUUGGAUCUUUCGAUUAUCACUGGCAUACCAGAAGGAAAUGAUGCCACGGAACCCUCAGUUGAAUCUCUUUCCUCAACUUCACAAUUUGGCGAAUCAGAUAAUGCAAUAACAUCUGGGGCAGAUGUCGUAGAAACUUCAGUUGCAUCUUUUUCCACGGUUUCGCAACCUAGCGAACCUAACGAAUCAGAUACAGCAGUAGGUGCCACACAAGCUACGGUUGCAUCUCUUCCGACAGUUUUACAACCCUACAUACCGAUAACGAAUGCAGCGGUUGAGAAACUCUUGGAUACAACUCCAGCUAAGGCUGCUCUUGAAAUUGGGCUACAUGUGGGUAGAGUAAAGAGAGCUCUCAAGAAAAGAAUGGAGCGAGUUGGCAAACCGUACACUGAUGUUGUACACCUCAUACAAGACGUUCUACACGAUCAAGUUAUGGAAGAGGAUGAUGGGCUUGAUAAUAGUACAUCUAGCUCGCCAACUUCAGAAUUGAAUAAUUUGUUUAAUCAAGUCACUAUGCAAAUGACUAGUAAUUCCGCAAAUGAAAAUAGCACACAAAAUUCUGACGCAUUUAAAAGGGAUCUCGGAAAGAGGAAGACGGAAAAGGAAUCAGAUGAUCUUAUGUCCUUGCGAGAGGAAAACAGAAAAUUGAAGGAGGCUCGUUUAUGCAAAGUUUGUAUGGAUCACGAACUAGCCGUGGUAUUUUUACCUUGUGGACAUUUAGCAACAUGCAACAACUGCGCGCCGGCUCUUGCGAAUUGUCCGUUGUGCAGGCUGAAGAUUCGCGCUUACGUUCGUAUUUUCUUGUCCUAAAUUAGAUCGUACGUAUACAUCUAGCGUCAAAUUAUGCGUGAUUCAUGACACGAGCUUCGUAGUUUGAGAUUCACAGUUCGCUAUUUGAGAUUUGUCAGAUCGGAGCAAUUUUUUAUGUGAAUCGUGUCCCUUUGAUGAAAUCAAAGGAACACUAAUCACUAUGGAUGAGGCAAUUCAUGGUGAUUUGCGACUAGAUUGUAAACCACGAAUCCGCUAACAAAAUGUGAAGAGUCCAUAUUGAGAAAUCUUCGCAAAUCUACUAUCAAUUGCAAAUAAUAAACGACGUAAAUCAUAAAUCACGCAUAAUAUAGUGCUGGAUUAAGGUUGACUUCUCUGAAAAAAUAUUACAAA